AGCUGUGAUAAGUGGGCGUGGCUCAGCUGGGUUCAGAGCAAAGGGUUCAAGCUUCAAGCAGAUCUGAGUGGCAAGAAAGCUAGUGCGUGUGUUUGUACCGAACAAUCACACACGUGGGGGUGAUGAAGGUGAAUUGAAGAGUAAAAAGUUGAGAUGUGGCAUUAUCUGUGGCCACAUAUCAUCUACCACAGCACUUUCUACCUCUUGAAGAGAAUAAAGCUGUUGGUGGUUGUGAUGGUUAUACUGGGAGUGCUCCUGAUGGCACCUCAGUUAUGGGUCAUGAGCAUAUACGACUAUUACGUCAUGUACUGUCCGCUACCCAUCUACAAGUUGAUGGUGUGUUCCAUUCUACUUUCUUUACUGUCACUUGCUUUCUCAAUCUACUUUCUCAGCAAAGACCACCUCUCACAGUCUGGGCGCAACGUUUUUCAUCUGUUUGGUCUCCUUGACUUAGUGUUUGAGACUGUUUUCAUCUACUAUACCAAAAGAGCUUCAGUCUGUGUUACAACUGCUGCAGAGAUGUACAUCAUUUGUUACAUUCUCUCGGUAUGUGCAGUAAUCACCACAGGUCAGUGGAAAAUAGAAGAAACCUGUUACAUUUUACAUGACGCAUUUUUGACAAGCAAAUGCAAGCAUGUUCAUAUAAUUAUUUCGACCAUUGAACUGCUCUGUGUGAUACAAGUGCAGUAGAGUACUUGUUGUCUACUAUGAAUAUGGAUACACACUUUCUUCUGUCCCAUUGGUAUCCAGAUUAGACGUAUAUGCACGUAUUAUGCCCCCAAGUACGUAUAAUACUAGGUUUACAAAGUCAUGAUCAAUUGAGUGGAAAUCUGUUUUGUUAAACUAUACGUACGUACAUAGACUAAAGGGUUCCAAUAUGUGAAUCACUCUUAUAAGAGCACUUUUAUGAAGUAAGAAAAUUGCAGUCUGCACAUUGCGUGACUGAAAGGUUGACUAGGAGGCUCUCCA